UAUAAAGGGCAGAGCUCCGGGAGCAGCCAGCAAUUCCCUGCCACCAUGAGCCGUCCCCUGGCCUGACAACACCACCCCCCUGCCAGCCGGGGCCGAUGCCACCUCCGAGCGGGGCUGGAUGCCUGCGGGGUGGGAUGGUGUGAGCCUGGAGCUGCUCUCCUCCUUCCACCCACCCUGCCACCCAGCCUGCCACCCCUCGGCUGGCUCUGCCAGGAGGAGAAUCCUCCACUUCAGCCCAGUUCGGCUGCUCUGCUGCCUCCCCCUGCCCAGAUGCAGUGGAUAAUCCUCAUGUUGCUGCUAUUCAUCAGCUCCAUGGACAUGAUCCCGCAGAACCGAGGGAAGAAGCAAGUGAGCUCGGCGCUGCUGGAGAACUGCACUGGCUGCGUGCUGUGCUCGGAGGACAACGGCUGCGUCUCCUGCCACCACCGCCUCUUCCUGCUCAUCUGGAGGGAUGGCAUCCGCCAGGCUGGCACCUGCGUCCACACCUGCCCCCCCGGCUACUUCGGCCUCAGGGGGAUGGAGGUCAACAGGUGCACAAAGUGCAGGUCGCCCAGCUGCGAGAGCUGCUUCAGCAGGGACUUCUGCAUGAAGUGCAAGGACAAGUUCUACCUGCACAAGGGACAAUGCUUCCGGCAGUGCCCGCCCAGCACCGCGGCGCAGCCUGGCACCCGCGAAUGCCAAGAGACCUGCGAGCCGGGGCCGUGGAGCCCGUGGAGCCCCUGCACCCACGAGGGACGGACCUGUGGCUGCAAGUGGGGUGUGGAGACGAGGGUCCGGGAGGUGCCAGAGGCCACCCGGGAGGAGGGCAUCUCCUGCCCUGCGCAGCUGGAGACCAGGAAAUGCCGCAUGAAGAAACACUGCCCAGGAGACAAAACUGAACCCAAAAAUAAAGGCAAAAAGAGGCAGAAGAAGCCCAAGACAGAACCACAAGCGGGCACUUAGUGGCACUGGCACAGGAGCUGGGGGGAGAGGGCAACGUGGUGGGAGAUGAUCAGGAGCCGAACGGCGGCAUGGAGAGCUCCUGAUCAUCUCCCACCACGUUGCCCCAGCCUCAUCAUCCUCAUUUUGUUCCCCCCACACCAACAAAUUGCACAAUUUUCCCUCCCCUCUUCCCUUUUCCCUUUCCCCUUUCUUUUCCAGGACAAAUUUACAGCCUGCAAACCAUUUCCUCUUCAGAACAACCUAAUCCGCAGCGUCCAAAGCUGUGCCCCCAGGGCUGGGUGAAGUUGUUGUUGGGGGAGGGGGGGGGUUGGCUCCUUUAUUUUCCUGGUUAUUCCUUCUCUCCUCACCCCCUCCCUCCCCCGGCUCUCAGCCUUCUCUGACCUUUCUCUCCCUUCCAGCUGGGUGGGAUGAUGUUGGGUACCACAUCUGGAUGGGUAUUGCCCCUUCCCCAGAGGGCUGAGGGAUGCUGUUCCCAUCACGGCCCAGUUGCACAAGGGCUGGAUGGGGUCCUCCAUCCUUCAGCAACCAAUAUGAGACCACCAGACUGGCAGCCCCACUGGCAUCUUGGCAUCCAGCAUCCUCACCACUGUGCCCAAAUCCUGCCAUCCUUGGUUGGAGGAGCUUCUUUUCCCAGCAGGAAUUUGGGGUGGUCAUCAGGAGCCCAGGCAAGGGGAUGCUGCUGCCUCCUGCGUUCUGCAGCUGGAAGGAGCAGCCACCCCCCGCCCCCCUCCCCACAUGCACCUUAAAUGUGGCACAGUCUGGGGGUGCUGGUCCUGCCCCUCACCUCUCCAAGCCCGCAGGAAUCAAGGCCACACCUCCAAUGUGUCACUUUCAUUGCGUAUUCGACUUCGAUUCCUGCCCCAGCAACCCGCAAGCAUCUCUGGUAUCUGGGGGGG